UUUUAGCACACCUUAACGGGCCACAGUGGUAAGGUCAUGGCAGCUAAAUUUUUGGGAGAAGCAUCCAGAGUAGUUUCUGGCAGUCAUGAUAGAACUUUGAAAAUUUGGGAUCUCAGAAGUAGAGCAUGCGUUGAAACUAAGUUUGCGGGUUCCAGUUGCAAUGACCUAGUGACAUCGGAUGGAUCUGGGUCGACCAUCAUUAGUGGCCACUUCGACAAGAGGAUCCGAUUCUGGGACACGAGGACCGACUGCGCGGCCAACGAUAUUUUACUUCAAGGCAAAGUUACAUCACUCGAUUUAUCGCGAGAUUGUAAAUAUCUCUUGGGAUGUGUUCGUGAUGAUACUAUCAAAAUAAUGGAUUUACGAAUGAAUCAAAUUAUUGGAUCUUUCUCGCAUGACCAUUUCAAGGUGGGUUGUGAUUGGUCAAGAGCCUCUUUCAGUCCUGAUGGAACCAGAGUAUCAGCCGGUGCUCAAGAUGGUAGUGUAUUCAUUUGGCAUACGCUUACUGGAAAGCUCGAUACAAUACUCAAAGAACAUGAUUCUGCUGUUACUGCCGUAAGUUGGUUUCCCAAUGGUUCAGCCCUUGCCAGUGUAGAUAGAUCCAAAAAAUGUAUAAUUUGGGGAGACACAUAACAGUGUGUAGAGUCUUUACCAGUGCCAUAAGCAUCACUUUAUCCGUCAGCCGUUUUUACAUGAAUUCUUUCGGCAUA